AUGCUAUUUGAACAGUUCAAGCGCAACCGCAACAGAGCGAGCGUCUUCAUGGAACGAAUGAUGAAUGGCAUCUCCAACCAUGAGAUUUUGGCCAAAAUCUCAGGUGGCGGAGGGAAAUUUUUGGAUCAUGUCUAUGAGUUACCCAAGGAUCAGAUGACCAAAGCCAGUUUUCCCAAUGCUGCCAAAUACAAACUGCAACUCCAUGCAUCCUUCGACAAGCCCGACCCAAAUGCCGACUAUUCGGACCAUUCCAGUGUCUAUCUUGUCGGAAGACCGAACAGAUGGGCACGUGGCUUGAGCCAAAAGCCGAAACCCUGCCACUGGUCUAUAUAUACCGGGGGUCGUGUCUAUCAUCUGAAGUUGGCAGAUGGGACUCAGGGAUCGUCAAUAGUACUUCGAGACGAUUCUCGCCCAGAUUGGCAAGAUCCACUAGAAACGGAUUUAGCUAACCCUUUCAUUGCCUACCAUAUCUGGGUCACAGAUUACCACGAAAAACAGGUCUCUGGAAUUGCCAAGUGGGUAGUCAAGCAAUUGGAUCACCACGAGCUCUCUACGGCGGCCUAUGAGCAGUUUGUCUCUGGGCUUGGGAUCCGUAUUAUUCGUGGUCCUAGCAACACCGCAGCCAUUAUUGGUGAUCUCACGCACAUUGCAAAUCACGACAACGCACCUGCUCAUCCUAGCGGAUUUCAUACUGGCGUCCGGCUUGCGGAUCCCGACGAAGAUAUCAGCACCUGGGCCAAGAGAUGCUAUUUGAUCUAUCGGAUUGAGACCGAUGCACGAGGACUUGAUAUCUGCUGGAAGAGAGGAAGGUUAGGGUAA